UUAAGUCAGAUAUAUAUAGAGGCAGUACCUUGACCUCGUAAACCGAUUUAACGGGUUACUAUGUAACUGUGCGAAUAAUAUACAUGGGUUCUAGUUCCUAUAGUGGUUAUUACAGACAAAGGGCCUGAGGCAAACAUAACAAAUAUAGCCACAUGCUGAGGGUGGUAGAUUUUAUGAUUGCUCAAAAAUACAGCUGGGGGACUAAUAGCUGCAUUGAUAGAACUAUGUGACAGAAAUACGUAUACGAAUAUCUUAUUGUAUAAUGGCGGUAUUGUGCGUGUACUAGAACAUUCUACAAAAAAUUGUAGAGCAACUCAAUGGUCGUGCGUGCUUUUGUCGAUAUUGUCAAAUUUAGUGCAAGCGUAAUCAUGAUAGUUACUAGGUGGAUAUUAAAGUGUUGCUUUGUUGGAGAACUCUCGAGUAUGAUGUGUUAAGCUGAAAAACGGCCAGUUUGACACACUGAUACGUUAAUUGAGCCCCGCGUAUGGGUAAAGCUUUUGCAGACAUCAUCCGUUUUUUACAGGUUUAUAGAUCACGUUUGGAGGAUGUGACGCCCUGUCAUUAACGGUACAAUCAGCUUCCCAACUUUUUACAUUUCUGUCGAAAUGCCGAAGAAUCGAGGAGUUGCUGAGCAGCUACGACAGCAACGAAUCGAGAAGCAAAGAGUUGCACAUAAACCUAUCGCUGCUGCCCCCAACAUUUACCUUCAGAUUUUGGGCAAUGGUUGCCCGGGCGGACCAAGAUCGGUGUUCGUUUUCACCGACAUUUCUCGCUACCUGUUCAACUGUGGCGAAGGAACGCAGAAGCUUUGUCAGGAGAACAAGGUUAAGAUGCCAAAAAUGAAACAACUCUUCUUUACGUCGCCGAAAUGGGAGAAUAUCGGAGGCCUAAUCGGAUAUUUAUUGACACUGCAGGAUACAGGAGUGCCGGAACUGCAGAUUAACGGACACAAGAGUAUUCUGCAGUUGUUCGAUAUUACGCGUGGUUUUACACACCUCGACUUGAUCAAUCUCAACAGCAAUAAUGGAUUGGAGUUCUGUGACGAAGUCAUGAAAAUUCAAUAUGUCAUUCUGAACAGAAACGAUUGUGCAAGUGGUACAGCAGCUACCAAAAGGGUUCGAUUAAACAACGAAACGAUACCUCAAGAUGCAGUGAUUAGCUAUAUUUGUAAACCGCAUCCAAAACCUGGGAAGUUGUCCCCAAAACGCUGUGUGGAAAUUGGUGUAUCUCCAGGGCCUCUUUUCGCGAAACUAAAAGCAGGGGAGGAGGUCACACUGGGGGAUGGACGUGUGGUGAAACCCACUGACGUCUUGGGUCCGUCGGAAAUCUCUCCGACUUUCAUCAUACUGGAGUGCCCUUCUGAUGAUUAUUUGGAUUCUUUUCUUAGCGCUGAUGAAUUUCGACCUUAUCAGACUGGCGAGGAUGCUUUGCAACACGAACUGGUAAGUCUGAUCAUUCAUAUAACACCUAAACAGUUGUAUAACUCGGCCAAAUAUCGCGUAUUCCUCAACAAGUUUCCCUCAAAAACUGUCCACUUAGUGCUGUGUGAGGAAAACACUUACGAACUGAGUGUAGCAGUCUAUCGGACGCAGUAUCGGCUCAACUUGAUUCAUGACGAAGUCUUUCCUCUUCUCCCAAGGUCCAAGGACGUUGGUGUGGCUGCAUUAACUAGGUACAACAUCAGACCGCAUGAAGGUCUAGAUUGCGAGGCAAUAAUUAAAAUUGUGCCGCAAGAAUACCUCGACGAAGCGAAAACUGCACCUGACUUUGAUGCUGUUUUAAGUGAUCUAAAAGAUAGACUGGCUAGGGUCGAAAUAAAUGAACAAAGGGAGUACCCCGUCGUCACAUUUCUUGGGACCGGAAGUGCCAUUCCAAGCAAAGAUCGGAACGUAUCCUCUAUUUUAAUGGCCAUUAAACCUAACGCGUAUCUACUAUUUGACUGUGGAGAAAGUACGUGGAGUCAAAUCGUUCGCCAUUACGGCGUCGAAGAAGCUAAAAAUGUGCUCCGCAACCUUAAAUGCGUCUACGUCUCUCACAUGCACGCUGAUCACCAUCUCGGUCUAAUUACGAUUAUAAAGGAACGUACUAAUCUUGGUAUCGAAACAAAUUUGCGCAUUAUUGGACCCACAAACCUAGCUGUUUGGCUUAAAAAGUAUAGCGGCGUCUUCGAGUCGAUCGACUUUGACUUUUCAUACUGCGGCAACUUCAGAAACGACACUGAAGAGUUACCGGUCUCUAAUUUUGAGACAUUUACCGACAUAGGAAUUGAUCGUAUUUCGACUUGUUGCGUCCCUCAUUGCAGGGAUGCAUAUGGAGUUCGCGUCGAUAUUAGCGGCUACAGCAUAGUUUAUUCUGGCGACACGAGACCUGCUUCGAGUCUCGUCGAAUUAGGCCAAGGAUGCGAUUUGCUAAUUCAUGAAGCAACCAUGGAAGAUGGGCUCGAAGAAGACGCGUUGACGAAAGCCCACUGCACUACGAGCCAGGCUAUCGAAAUUGGGCGUCAGAUGAAUGCAAAAUUCACCAUACUUACACACUUCUCGCAGCGUUACUGCAAAUUACCCAACGUAGACGAAGCUAUUUUUGAAAAAGGCCGUGUAGGUUGUGCAUUCGACCAUAUGCAAGUCUCUCCUAAACACCUUAAGAUGCUCCCUCAUAUCUAUCCAAUGUUGAAGUGCUUGUUUGCUGAACACUUCCAUCGAAUGACUCUGCGGACCAGUAAUGUGGUCAAGAAGGCACAACAAAAGGAGCAACAGAACCUGGAAGAAGGUAUCAAGGCGUAUGAAACGGCACAAUAUGCGUCAAAUAUAUUUCAGACCGUUUAAUAUUGUCACUUGUUUUCGUUACCUAUGUACUGUAAAUGAUAAAUGUAUAUAAAAGUCUUGUGAAUAAGUAAAUUAUUUGUCUAUUUGAAUAAAUCAUGUAUAUAUUUGUUGAUCUAUCGAUGCCCAUUUUACGUACAGGGAGAGGCGGUGGUCCUGUUCGUGCUGCUCAACAUGUUGGUGGAAUGUUUAAUUAGAAAGUAAAUGACAUCUUCAAUUACGUAAAGCUAUUUCGCAAUAUCAAGCACUUGGCUGUUGCAAGCGAACUUAUACAAUAAAAGACAAAGUUUGGCUGGUACAUACUUUAAAUUCUUAGAGAAAUUUGUAAACAGCAUAAGCAGAUAUGGGGAUCCUAAAGACAACAACGCAUUGCCGCGAUCGAGGGGGCUUCUCACAAAAGCAGAGAUCGAAGUCUAAGGGCCUUGUUGGGCACAGCUAACAGUUCAGCUGCGACUUUUUACUUAUGAGUAAAUUGAGGACAAAUGAAUCCCCCGUGCCUUUGACUUUAGGCCUGUUAAAAAUUCAGGCGGUGUAUUCCAAAUGCAAUUAACGAAACUUAAAAACCUGUCUGGAGCACACAUUCGCCAUCGACGUGGCAUGGUUCAGCUUCUACCGCCAGCCAGAGAGGGACUAGGCGUUGGCGUCGCUAUAAAGUGACAUUGGUUCCAGUAGCAGCGUCGAGUACGCUCAAACGUACGAUGACAGUAGUACUACCAAAGUGUUGGGAGAAGUAUGUAAAAAAUAAAAGAAACUACCUUUACCACGUAUUAAAAAACCAUUAUGGCGGAACUAGUGUAAAGGUCUUUCUUUUGAAGUCCGCCGGAUUCUCAGGUUGUAGCGAAUACUUUUAAUGGUUGUUACCCAUUAGUAGUGAAGGCCGAUGUUAAAGAAAAAUUUAAUCCGGCUCUUUAUUCAAGAGGAAUGAACACACUAUUUGUCAUUGGGACCUGUUCGUUUAUUUAUUCGUUUUAUUGAAUUAAUAUUACUUCGUUCGAUAAAUCAAUUAUGCUCAGAGGGAGUAAUUAUAAUGAUUACUAAUAUGUCCUCAUGCCAUAACAUAUAUCAAUUAGUUGUGCCCAGUAGGUAGCGGUGACACAACCGGAAAUUGUAAGGAGUAUCAUUUUGGUGACCCAUAAAAUGAAUCUCUUUCGAUAGAAUUUUUUUUAUUUUUAAUUUCUCUUGUUCUGUUUAUAUUUCAAUUUUCUGCUUGUUGCGUCCUCGCGGGGUGCCUGGAAUUGCUUUUACACACCGUUUUUUUAAUGCUGUUCAUUUAAAUUACGAAUUGACAUCGAUUUAUUAUAGUUCGAUCGACGAGCAUAUGAACAGUAUU